CCGCAUCGCCGAACCCGGGGAAAUAAAUGUAACAAAUCUCCACCACCAUCAGAUGGGUCCAUCGCCCACGUCCCAGAGUCACCGAAGUUCGCCCGUUGUCAAUUCGUGUUUCUCCGAAUCUUGCGGAGAGCUUUUGUCGUUGCGGAACCUACCUAAAUGUUCGGGAGAAGCUGCGUUCUUGCCAGCAGAGAAGCUGGUUGUCACAGGUUGUCACUAUCUGACAAGGAAGCCGCCGCACCGUACCUGGAUUCUCGUGUUUUAGCAACACCGGAGACCUGACGUGAGAACCGAAUCCUAAAACAGCGGGACGGUAGACAGAAUCCGUGUGUCGAUGAGCUACAUUCACAUCCACAGUACAUCCGAACGACCCGUGUCUACAUCCUCAGAUCUCCUCAAAAUCUCUUCAACAGAUCCGAAGCAGCACUCAUGGGCUGUUGCUCCCCAGCGUCUUCCUCCGACUCCAUCUUCUUCUUGCGGCCGAAUGCCACGCCCCAGCUGUUCGCGAGAUUCGCGAACGCGCUGUUGCUGCUCGACCGGACAGUCAUCUCAUGAGACGUGCUCGGCGCCAGCGGAGACGACCGCGGCACUUGAUACGAGAUCUUUCUGUGCCUAGGAUCCCGCACGAGAUUUGCGAUCCCGUCCGUCACAGACUCGACAGGCGA